CUCUACCUGUGGGCGGCCAUUUUUUCGCUCACCGUCGUCAACGUACCUUGAGGAAGGAGAAAGAAGACGUCAACCAGGUGCUAAUCCCGUUGAGAGCCAUGAGCCGGAUUUGAUACCAAGAGACAACAUGAGCCCAGCUCUGAUGCAAUCAUGUACAGCCCUUUCCGGAAGCCUGUAUAGAAGACCCUGUUUUUUAUUCAUCCUGGUGGCAGUGGCUGUCUCAGUGACCUACACCACCUUCGCCUUGAAUUGGUGGAACGACCCACAGGGACCCUCGGUAAUCAAUCACACUGGAAAGACUCCUGAUGAUGACAGGACUAAUCACACUGGAAAGACUCCUGAUGAUGAUCAGGUGAACACACGUGUCUUGACCAAUCGGAAUGGUGUCCAAUGGGAGGAUCCCGGGCGGUACCACGUGGCAUACCCACGGGGGUACAAAUUCGUAAUGGAUGAGCCGGAGAAGUGUCGGAACGGGAAUCAGGCCCCGUUCCUGGUGCUGAUGGCCCCCGUGGCACCUGGUAAUCUGGCCUCCCGGGACGCCAUCCGCAGGACGUGGGGUAAUGAGACCCUGGUGCAGGGGAAGAAGGUACAGACACUAUUCAUGCUAGGACUUCCUGGAGGACCAGAUGCUCAGAAGCUGCAGGAGAAGGUGAACCAGGAGAGCCGGGCGCACCACGACCUCCUCCAGAGCGACUUCAUGGACACCUACCAUAACCUGACCAUAAAGACCAUGCUGAUCCUCGAGUGGCUCGUCUCGCGGUGCCCCGAGGCCUCCUACGCCAUGAAGAUUGACUCAGACGUGUUCCUCAACGUCCAGAACCUUGUCUCCAUGCUGGUCAACCCUGACACUCCCAAACAGAACUACAUGACCGGUCUAGUCUGGUGGCACAGCCCGGUACUGAGAAACCCAGACGAUAAGUUCUUCCUGCCUUAUGAGGUGAUGGCCGAGUCGGAGUAUCCCCCGUACCCUCUGGGGUUUGGCUACAUCAUGUCCAUGGACCUCCCCAAGAAGAUCCUGGGGGUCUCUCCACAGAUCAAGCCCAUCUACAUCGAGGAUGCCUACCUGGGGAUGUGUCUGAAGCGGCUGGGCAUCUCCCCCACCGAUCCUCCCAGCAAGUCUCUCUUUGAUGUCAACCCCAUCUACAGCUACGGACGCUGCAAACUGUCCACUGUGGUUGCCGUGAUGACGACCAGAGUGAGCCAGCUGCUGAGGUACUGGCAGGACUACACAAGGCCCGGCCCGCCGUGCUGAGAGGGUAAUCACCAAAGCAACCAUUGCUUCUUCCUGUUUGGAAAUGAACAUGAAGACAUUUCCUGUAUGUUUCCCUUCCUGGAAAUGUUGAACUAAAACUUUGGGUAAGAGACAUUAGCUCUUGCAUAAGAGACAUCCGUUCAGUCUUGUUGGGAGAUCCAUAGGUUGUUUGGCAUUUUGCUAAUGUGUGCCUCAACCCCUCCAUUUACACUGACUGUGGUGCAGUGAAGGUGGAUAGGUUUUGGAGAGGUCUUAUUGGGCCUGUCUCAAUACCUUUCAACUGUCACAUGCUUCAACAAAAAGAGCCCAAGCUGCAUAUUUGUAUAAUACCUUAGAGCCUUAAGACGACUGUAUCCUAUCAGAUCCGUGCUAGCCGACACCCGCAUGGUGGUUGUAUUGGUAGUGUCGGAGGUGGCACUGUCAAAUCCACAAGCGGCUCCCAGCGUUAUACCUAAAGUGGACAUUGCCAUUGGCUGCAAGGAGUUGCACAAGGGAAAUCCCAUGCAGCCUUGUUUCCAAGUUUGUCAACACUUUACUUGACACCAGCAUCAUAACACAAUCAUAACCAUGUCAUAACAGCUGAUGUAACUUGUUAUAAUAUGGUCAUAACAAUGUCAUGACACAUAGUUAGACCUGUUGUGACAUAUUGUGCUAUUUUAUAGCUGGUUAUGACACCUACAUUAGUGUCAACAUACCACAUGGCAAUAGCCUACAUGUCAACAGUAUGUUUGUUAUAUACACUACCAUUCAGAAGAAAUGUCCUUGUUUUGGGAUUUUUAAUUUUUUUUGUCCAUUAAAAUAACAUCAAAUUGGA